AUGUCUGACCUGCUCCCUGCGUGUGGGAAUUGCAACUGGGGAGGACAAGAAAAGCGAUGUAGCUUCGGCCGUGAGCCGGAUGCACAAACUGCGGUAGAUAGAAACCCUCAAACCUAUAAAGAGUGCGAGGCGUUGCUUCGGGCCGAAUUGAUGGAGCAGCAGAGUGCCAUGCGCAUGAUCGAAGCCGCGUUGGCAGCCGUGGAGAAGAGGGAGUAG